AUGGUCACAAUAGGAAACGCACACGAUGACUUGAUUCAUGAUGCGGUGCUCGACUACUAUGGGCGUCGUUUGGCAACUUGUUCCAGUGACAGAAGCAUUAAGAUUUUUGAAGUUGAUCAAGCUGCAGAAAAUUAUAAGUUGAUUGAAACAUUACACGGCCACGAUGGUCCAAUCUGGCAAGUAGCAUGGGCACAUCCUAAGUUUGGAUCAAUUUUUGCUAGUUGUUCAUAUGAUGGCCGUGCUUUGAUAUGGAAGGAGCAACCGGAAACCAAUACAUGGUCCAUUAUAGCCGAACAUAAUGUUCAUCUGGCUAGUGUCAAUUCUGUGUCUUGGGGUCCUCAUGAAUUCGGUGCUGUAUUAUUGUGUACCUCAUCUGAUGGACGUGUUUCAGUGGUUGAUUUCAACGAUGAUGGCACCACAUCUCAUGUUGUUUUCAAUGCCCAUGCUAUUGGUGUUAAUUCUGCCAGCUGGGCUCCCGUAACUUAUAACAGCAAUUCAAAACCAAGAGAUGAUCCUUAUGGUGGUGGUGCUACCGCUGAUCAAUCUGGAAUGCCUACCAGUGGUGGCAAUGUUGGUAUCGGCAUUACAGGGUCCAAUGGCCAUGGAGGAGAAACUCAAACUGCUUCAGGAGCUAGAUUAGGUGGAUCAAUUCCUCAUUCCGAAAGACGUUUUGUUACAUGUGGAUCGGACAAUUUGUCCAAAAUCUGGAGAUUUAAUCCUUCCAUCAACAACUAUCAAUUAGAAGCCACUUUAGAAGGACACAACGAUUGGGUUAGAGACGUGGCUUGGUCCCCCUCUACUUUGGUCAAAUCCUAUAUUGCAUCAGCUUCUCAAGAUCGUACUGUAUUGAUUUGGUCUCAAGAUAAAGAUGGUGUAUGGCAAAACCAAUUGUUGACAGAAGAAAAGUUCCCUGAUGUUUGUUGGAGAUGUUCGUGGUCGUUGAGCGGCAACAUCUUGGCUGUUUCUGGUGGAGAUAAUCGGGUUAGUUUGUGGAAGGAGAAUUUACAGGGCAAAUGGGAUUCCGCUGGUGAAGUUGUUGACCAAUAA